AUGGAUGAAGAAUACGUCAUAGCUGCUGUGGUGGCCGAAGAGAGGGAGUAUGGCGAGGGCGAGGGUGAAAAAAUUUAUUUGAAGAGGUUUGACCGGUCCGAGCGGAAGUUCCGUAAAUUGUUUAGGCUGUCGCGGGCCAUGGGCCGUCACGUAGUGGACACUCUGUGUGAAGGCGAUGCGCUACGAGCGGGGACGGUGCCACCACAUUUAAAGGUCCUAAGUGCACUGAACUUUUUUGCCCAUGGCAGCUACCAGACUGCUGUGGGAGAAAUUAAUAUACUAGCUCAAAGUCAGCCAACAAUAAGCCGCAGUCUGGCAGAUGUGUGUCCUGUUAUUAUAGAAAGGUUGACCCCACAGUGGAUCAAAUUCCCAGUGACCAGACUGGAGAAAGACAGGGCAAUGCGGGAGUUCCAGGACAAUUUUGGAAUGCCAUAUACAUUGGGUGCGGUAGAUGGGAGUCACAUCCCUAUACACAAACCAAAUAACCACCCUAUAGCCCCGGGUAAUAUUUUCUACAACAGAAAAGGGUUUUAUAGUAUAAAUUGUCAAGUGGUGUGCGAUGCCACAGGUCGGAUCACUAGCGUAAACCCUAACUUUCCGGGUUCAACCCAUGAUGCUGCUGUUUGGAGGAGCAGCAAUGUGCACCAGCACCUCGAAGGGCAGUAUCUUCAGAACCAAGCGAUGGAGUGGCUUCUUGGGGACAAAGGCUACCCACUUCUCCCGUGGCUGAUGACACCUCAUCCUGACCCAGUUGCCGAGUCACCAGAGGCAAGAUUUAAUAGGUGCCAUGCACAGGCGAGAGGGGUCAUAGAGAUGUGCUUUGGAGUAUUAAAAAACAAAUUUAGAUGCCUUCAUCGCCACCGUACGCUGCAUUACAGUCCAGAAAAAGCUGCCAAAAUUAUAAUAUCAUGCUGCACAAUUUAUAAUAUGAUUAAUGAAUAA